CCAACUAGAUCACAGUGUCCGCGAACUGGUAUAGAAAAGUAAGUUGUCAGCAUAUUGUCAACCUUUCAACAUUCUGCAAUGUUCUUUGGCAGACAAAGUUACAUUACGACUGUAUUUGAAUGAUUUUUCAUCAUGAGUGGGCAACAGGGCCAACUGACUGACAAACAGAGAGAGAAGCUUACUAAGUUCAAAGACAACUUAAAAGAUGUCCUCCAGCCAAGACAUGAUGACGUCAUGCUGCUUAAAUUUCUCAAAGCGAGAAGAUUUGAUUUGAAGAAAGCAGAAGAUAUGUUCAGGAAGGAUUUGAAAUGGAGAGAGGAAAACAAGGUUGAUACGGUGAUGGAAUGGUUCAAAGUUCCAGAGGUUUUCAGAAGAUAUUGGGCUGGAGGUGUUAGCGGACUGGACAAGGAAGGUCAUGCUGUAUACGUUGCCGAUUUUGGGAGCCUAGAUCCAAAGGGUCUCUUGCAUUCAGGAACGGUUAGCGACAUCCUAAAGACCAACCUCUAUUACAUGGAAGAACUCAUGAAACAACAAAAAGAUAUGUCCAAAGAGAAAUAUGGACAACCUGUAGAGGGCGUCACAGUGAUAAUUGAUCUAGAAAAGAUGAGUAUUCAUCAACUUUGGAAACCAGGUAUUGAUGUCCUCCAGAAGGUAGCAGUGAUUAUGGAACAGCAUUAUCCAGAGGCAAUCUACAGGAUGUACAUAGUGAAAGCACCCAAGAUCUUCCCCAUCGCAUACUCCCUCGUCAAGCCUUUCCUGAGAGAAGACACGAGGACGAAGAUUCAAGUUUUAGGAAGUAAUUGGAAAGAGGCACUGUUAAAGCAGAUAGAAUCUGAUCAGUUGCCAGUACACUGGGGAGGGACUAGGACAGAUCCAGAUGGUAAUACUAAGUGUGAAACAUUGAUCAAACCUGGGGGCAAGGUUCUUGAAAAGUACUAUCAGAAAGGGCGAGAACCAUCUCAUACUCAGGAGCAACGGGAGGUUUCAAGAGGAGGUAGUCUCGAGUUUGAAUAUGUCGUCAACAAACCAGACAGUAUAUUCAGGUAUGAAUUCCGGACUGAACCAAGUGAAAUUAGAUUCGGAUUCGACCGAGUAGACGGUAAAGGAAAGAAGACGGCCAUUUUAAAACUUGAGAAGUAUAACAGUCACAUGGUCCCAGAGAAUGGAGAAAUCAUGAUUGCAGAACCAGGAACUUAUGUAGCAAAGUUCGAUAAUGAAAGCUGGACAAAGCCAAAGAAGCUCUCCUAUUGGUUAGAGCUACUAGAACCCACUGACGCAGAUCCAGACUUUCAGGAGAUGGGUGAAGAGUUUUCACAAAUUGAUCUUAAUGAUUAAAUUAGCUCAGAAAUGCUGAUAUCUUCCAGAUGAAAUGUAUUCAAGCCAAAACACUGCCCAGUCAGAUGUGUGAGUGGGUGUGUGCGCGCGGGUGUGUGAGUUUAGUGUGUGUGUACGUCUAUGCCGAAUGUGUGGGAUGCUUAUAAGCACGUCUGUGAGUGUGUUUUCUUAAAAUAAGAAUUAAACAUUGAAAUGUGUGUUUGACUCUAUAGUUACAGGUGAAUGAUGAUGAUGUGUGUGUGCGUGUGUUGAAUUAUGUUACUCUAGAUAUAAAGGAGUACGCCAAGUGAUCAAUAUUUACAGUCGCAGAACCACCAUGAUGGUCAAUAUAGAAUUAACCAUCUUAUGUUGACAAAAGAUAUCCGCAUUCCAUUCACACAUAAAAUAGAAACUGAAAAUCAUCUUCUCAUCGUAUAAUUGUGAAUAUUAACAUUGCAAAAGGGUUUUAAGCGAUAAUAUUUUCCAUGCGAAUUGUUGCACUUGUAUAGUGAAUGUUUGGUGUGCAAGGGGACAUACUGAACGAAUUUCAUUGUAUAAGUUUUUCUUACCAGUUUGAACGUGAAGUGAUAUAGUGGUUUAUAGUUCUGUUAUAAAUUGACAGAUAUUUAAGGGGUGAUACUUUUGCUCCUUUGAUAAUAUAGUAUUUCUGGAUCAGAAUUUAUGUGUCAGUGUGAUCAAGAGGGUUUGGUUUGAAGUCUGGUUUUGUGUAUUUCUAUAAUAUGCACCUUGGCAAAAGCCAUGAAAGUCGGUUUUUGUGUUUCGGAUAUCAUUAAAAAUACCGGUAAAGAGGGAGAGGAAUUUGUUCUUAUUUACCAAAACAAACCAAGAUGAAAAUAUUCGAAAACUCUAUUUUUUUUACAAUGAAAUUAUGCUGCAUUGUGAUAAAAACUUUUGGUCAUUUUUAUUUCAGUUUUGUUGUGUUUACACCUUAAGCAGCCACCGGUCAUUCAUCAGAUUACUUGGUGUAAAAAAAAAUUAUACAUCAUUAUAUGUCAUGUAUGUUGUUGUUCCCGCGAACGUUAAUCCAUGCCCACUACUUCUCUCAUUUUCUUCCCGCUAAUUUUCUAAUAUAAAACAACGUGUUCCCCUCAAUAACACCGUUACAUAUUUUGUUAUCAUAUUGAAACCUGAAGCUCAUCGUGUCUGGCCUCAGAAUGAUGAUUUACUGUUUUUUUACCUCCCAAAAGGGUCAACGAAUAUUAUUUUCAAACUACCAAUGCAUAUGUACACACUUAAAAUGUUGGGCAACAUACUUUCCACUGUGAUGGAU